AUGGCUGAUGCACCUCAAUAUGGUUUUGCCAUCAUGAGUGACGGCAGCGUUCGAGCAGGUGACUGCUCCGGCACAUCCAUCACCCCUGAGAGAGCCCAGCAGAUUCUCAACAGCAGAACCUCUGGGGAAAGCAAGGAUGACAUGAAGGUCCUGCUGGCUCACUUACUCUUUGGUGCCAUGGAAGCUUCUCGCAUGCGCGAAGAUUCUCCAGAUGUCACUGCGGCAUCUUCUCAUGAAGCUGCAGGUGAUCGCUUGGCCAACCUGAAGGGAGAAGGUAAGAAGGAUGGUCGCUCUGUUGGCAACCAGGCUGACCACCACGAGGAAGAGUCAACACCUGCGACUGGGAGCUUAGGGCCAUCCAGUGGAAUCAAGUCCAAGAAGAAGAAGAAUGGCAAGAAGCGCUGUGGUGGUGGCAAGUGA